GGUCACAUGAGCCUCCAGCCCGCCAGCCCCGGCCAGGCCCCCUGCCACCCCCGUCGUCCCCGCCGCCCGCCGUCCCCGCCACCGCCACCGGCCGUCUGCCCGUUCCGCUCCUCCAGCCGCCGCCGCGGCGUUGCGCUGCGCUGCCUGCGCCCAGGGCUCGGGAGGGGGCCGCGGAGGAGCCGCCCCCCGCGCCGGGCCCCGGGUCCCCGCGCCCGGGCCCGCGCCAUGGGGCUCUGGCUGCCGCCGCCCCCCGCGCCGCCGGGCUAGGGCUAUGUGGGACUCCCAGGCGCGCGGCCCCCGCGGGCACCAUGAGCCCCCUGCUCCGCAGCCUGCUGCUCGCUGCACUGCUGCAGCUGGCCCUCACCCAGGCUCCUGUGUCCCAGUUUGAUGGCUCCAGCCACCAGAAGAAAGUGGUGUCGUGGAUAGAUGUUUAUGCGCGUGCCACAUGCCAGCCCAGGGAGGUGGUGGUGCCUCUGAGUAUGGAGCUCAUGGGCAAUGUGGUCAAACAACUAGUGCCCAGCUGCGUGACUGUGCAGCGCUGUGGUGGCUGCUGCCCUGACGACGGCCUGGAAUGUGUGCCCAUUGGGCAACACCAAGUCCGAAUGCAGAUCCUCAUGAUCCAGUACCCGAGCAGUCAGCUGGGGGAGAUGUCCCUGGAAGAACACAGCCAAUGUGAAUGCAGACCAAAAAAAAAGGAGAGUGCUGUGAAGCCAGAUAGGGCUGCCAUACCCCACCACCGUCCCCAGCCCCGCUCUGUUCCGGGCUGGGACUCUGCCCCGGGAGCACCCUCCCCAGCUGACAUCAUCCAUCCCACUCCAGCCCCAGGACCCUCUGCCCACGUUGUACCCAGCGCCGUCAGCGCCCUGACCCCCGGACCUGCCGCUGCCGCUGCCGACGCCGCAGCCUCCUCCGUUGCCAAGGGCGGGGCUUAGAGCUCAACCCAGACACCUGCAGGUGCCGGAAGCCUCGAAAAUGACGAGUGGCUUUUCAGACUCCACAGGGCCAUUUGCUUCACAGGCCUCAUCCUAGUGGGAGAAGACAGGAGCAUAGAAGAACCAACUCAGACUGGGAGGAAGCGGCCCCAGGACAUGGACCCUUUAGAGAGCUCUCCUGCCAUCCUUUGUCUCCUAGCACUGCCAUCUGACAGUUGGCAAGGGACCUAUAUCUCCCCUUAGGGGGAACAGGGUACUAGCUCAGCUAACAUCCUGGGCUAAUGAGCAUCUUCUGGUUGCUCUGCUUCCCCUCACUAUGAAGACCCUAACUAAGCCUCUGCAAACGUGGGAUUUGGGCUCUGUUACAAUAACUCUGACACCGCCCCCUCAAUCCUGAUAAAAAAUAUGGAAGACA